AUGGCCACUCUCCCCCACAACUUCACCCCCCGUCGGAGCACGCGCAUUGCCAAGGCUGACCGGGGUCUUGAUUCGGAAUCCAAGGCCAAGCGUGUACUCCUCCUUUGCUUGGGUCUCACCAAGGACGACGAGCCACUCUCUGACGAGGUCAUGGUCAAGUACAACAAGCUAUUCGAGCAUCCCCUAGCUGUGGAUGUGGUUCGCGUGUUCGCCGAAUUCUAUGGAUGGCAGGAAUCUAAACUCGCUUUGGUCUCGUCGGUGCUUGUUUGCGAGACCCUCGGCCCUGCCUUUGACAAAUUCUUCUGGUUGCCCGCGGAGGGCACGCGCGGCGGCAUCAUCUUAGCGUGGAAUAGUGAUCGGGUCGCCCUGUCGAACCCGUCCAUUGGAGAUCACCACGUCUCUGCCACCGCGCUCGACGUCGGCGCCGAGCUCGGCGUGCCCACCUACUUCUUCUUCACCACCUGCAUCGGCAGCGUCGCGUUCGGGCUCUACCACCCGGUCAUCGACGAGCGGACCACCCUCGGCUUCGGGGACAUGGGCGGCGACCCCGUGCACGCCCCGGGACUGCCGCCCAUACCGGCGGAUCACCUCGCCGGGGCCAUCCAAGAUCGCGAGAGCUUGAGCAACAGGCACUUCGUGGACUUGGGCCUAAGGAUGUGCGACUCCAUGGGCGUCCUCGUCAACGGCUGCCGGUCCCUAGAGCCGGCCGCCGCCGACGCCAUCGUGGCAGGCCUCUGCAAUCCGCAGUGCCGGCCGACGCCGCCGCUGUACUGCGUGGGGCCGCUGAUGAAGCACGGCGAGGAGACCGGGGCGUCAAAGCGCCACGAGUGCCUCGCGUGGCUCGACGGCCAGCCCGACGCCAGCGUGGUGUUCCUCUGCUUCGGCAGCAUGGGCCGCUUCAGCGCGGAGCAGGUCAAGGAGAUAGCGGCGGGCCUGGAAACAAGCGGGCAGCGGUUCCUGUGGGUCGUGCGGCGCCCGCCCCCGCCCGGCGCCGAGCGCCGGCCGCCGGCCGACGGAGACGACGACGGCGACAUCGACGAGCUGUUCCCGGAAGGCUUCCUGCAGCGGACCAAGGACAGGGGGCUGGUGGUCAUGUCUCUAACAUCCUGGGCGCCUCAGCGGCAGGUGCUGGCGCACGGAGCGGUCGGCGGCUUCGUAACGCACUGCGGCUGGAACUCGGUGCUGGAAGCUAUCAUGGCGGGCGUGCCGAUGCUGGCGUGGCCGCUGUACGCGGAGCAGCGCAUGAACAGAGUAUUCCUCGUCGAGGAGAUGCGGCUGGCCGUGCCCAUGGAAGGGUAUGACAAGAAGAUGGUCGAGUCCGACGAGGUGGCGGCCAAGGUGCGGUGGCUGAUCGAGUCCGACGGCGGGAGGGAGUUCCGGCAGCGGACGCGGGCGGCCAUGCGGCUGGCGGAGGAGGCGGUGGGCGACAGCGGCGAGUCGAGGGCCGCGCUGGUGGAUCUCGCGAGACAGUGGAAGAGCGCCGCCCAUAGCUGA